UUUUGACUUCACUUUCUGCUUACAAAUACAGUAUCACGUGUAUAUCAAAAGAAGAUCAUUGCUCUUCAUUGACACCAACCAAAAAAUAAUUCGGAAACUGGCUGGUUCAUCUUUAUCAUUCAUAACUUUUAUUGCGCCUUCUGUUGUCCACUUCCUUUCAAAAUGUCCGACAGGGAAUUUUCAAGCACCAAUUUCCAUUGGCGACUACGAUAUAUCCUUAAAUCCUACGUUAUCAGCAUCAUCAUGCAAAAGUGCGCCCUCCGCCAUAAAACAGAGGUCAGCCUUUCGCCUAAGCAGUCGAAUUCAUCAACUACUUCAAAAGCUUCUUACUUUCGGUGCAAUGAAUCAGAUCAUCACCAUAGUGACUUAAGCUUAACUUGUAUCCCAUUCCCAUCUUCAUAUCAUAGGUCACAUUAUUUGCAUAAGAAACAUCCGUUGUGGGCGAACGGUAUAACCAUUCCUCGACGAACAUCAAGUCUAGCCUUCGAGUCAUCAUUGAAGAACAUGGAGAAAGUGUGUUCGGCUUCGGGGUAUCUUUCGGCUUCACCCGAGACUUCAGAUUCAUCAAGAUCCUCUUCUAGACUUGAUCUCAGUGGCAAGCGUCUCGAAUAUGUGCAGAAAGUGCUGGAAGAUAUCCGAACUUGGCAUAAAGAGGUUUCCAUGUCAAUUUCGAGAUCACAUUCUGCAACUCACCGAAAUUACCACCAGAAGAAUUUUGGCAUAGUUCCGACGCAAGUUCAUAAUCAACAGACCCAUCAUAUGAGCAACGCAGUUAUGGAUUCUCUACAACAUAAUACUUCGUGGACCCAUGUCUCCAACGGGGACUAUACGACUUCUCGAAGGUAUACUUCUAGGUCACUUUGUCCUGAGUCUAAUCGUUCUACACUCUGGAAAAUCGAUCCCAUUCCGUCCAGUAUCUACAAAUCGAAGCGGACAAAAAUUACUGGGAUCAAAAGAAGUCCUAAGCCAGUCCCUAGUCCGAGAACAUCGAGCCUUAGUGCCACCAUGCUCCCAAGACGGAGGAAUGCUAUCCGAGGCCGGAUUCUUCCAAGGCCAGUUUCUAUUGUCUAUCCAACAAUGAAACAGCAUUCGUGUCUACCACAAGUGACAGAGAAUGACCCCUGCAAUCCAGACCUUGAUCGUUGCUUUGGUUCCUAUUCGGAUGGUGAAAGUUCUUUGGCCGAUACUCAAGUUAAUGGUACAAUCGAUGGCAACGAUUCUUCUCCGACAGUCUCUGUACAGAAAAAACUCAUCUUCCACGCACAAGAUCGGCCACAUAAAGAUAUAGGCGGUCAAGAUCACAAGGACGGAAUUCCUCAUGGCGGUACUGUCGUUAGGCUUCCCGCAAGAUAUUCAAGUCUGCAAGCUAGCGAGUCCAUUUUAAAAACGCCUUCUUUACAAGAGAACGAAGAAGAGAAGGCUAGACGGCAUAUUGCAUUUGUACAUUCGGCGUUGCGAAACUUAGUACCAUUUGAGAUCUCGGAUUAUCUCUACAGAGUUUCGCAAUUAUCGGAAACUUGUAAGAAUUCUGGAGAGACUUUCUUAAACAGCUUUUCGGACAUGGCACCGCCAUAUAUCGGGUCUAAUCCCACUUUCGAGUCAUCUAGGACUCUUGGGCAGGAUGGGAAUUCUAAGCCUGGGUUUGGUUUCUCAUUCAAAGGAACCUCAAAUGAACAUCCUCGUCUGCAACCUCCGGAAACAAUCAAUGACCCGGCAACUGUUCAAAAGAUAGUAACCGAAAUUCUUCCUGCUAGUUCAGGUCUAGCCUUUGGCAAAGACGCCCGUGACCUCCUAAUCGAAUGCUGUGUCGAGUUCAUCACGCUCAUCUCGUCCGAAGCGAAUGAAAUUUCCGAAAAGGAAAGCAAGAAAACUAUCGCGUGUGAACAUAUUACCAAGGCCUUGGAACAACUGGGCUUUAGCGAGUAUGUCAAAGAUAUUGUGGAUGUAGCGAGUGAGCACAAGGAACAAUUGAAAGGAAGAGAAAAGAAAGCAAAUAAACUCGAACAAUCGGGUCUUACAGCAGAACAAUUAUUGGCAAUGCAGGAAGAAGCAUUUAGAGAUGCGGCGCAACGUCAUGGUUGAUCUUGUGUUGUUUCUUCUUUUUUCUAGUCUCUUCGCUAAGAUCAGGUUCAAUUUCGAACUGCUAGGGAUGAAUUGGGGAGUUUUUUGGUCUGCAUGCAUGGCUGGUUUGUGGGCGUUUUAGG